AAAACAAAUACGUCGCAACAAGUAUACGUCAGAGAUAUCAGUAGAGAUGGCUACAACUACGAACGGGCACAUGGACGGAGGUGACCUCAAGAUAAAGGUUACACUUAAAGAUACGGUAGUGGAAAAUCUUAGGCCGUUGAGGGUAGUUGUCAUUGGCGCAGGGUAUAGUGGUAUCGGGGCAGCGAUUAGAAUACCAGAGAAGCUACGAAAUGUCGAGCUAGUGGUCUAUGAGAAAUACGAAGGCGUCGGAGGGACAUGGUGGGUGAACACAUAUCCAGUCAUGAACCUGCUUACCGGAGAGGUGUUUACCGAUUCGGCAAACGUGCUGAUUACGGCCCGAGAUCAGCUUAGCGAGCCGCGAUGGCCGGAUAUUCUGGGAAUUGACCAGUUUAAGGGGAAGAAGAUGCAUUCGGGGGCGUGGGAUAAGAGUUAUGACCUCCGCAACAAGAAGAUCGCUGUUGUGGGUAACGGUUCCAGUGCCAUCCAGAUCGUUCCCAAGCUGCAGAAACUCGAAGGAACGACGCUCUCAUGUUUCAUACGAUCACCGACCUGGAUAUCGUCAGCCUUUGGCGAUAACACCAUGAAAGACCUAGGACUGGAUCCCAAAGUAACCGAGUACUUCGGCACCUCCCUCCACAACUCCACCAUGGCAGGCCACCCGAUGACCAUCGAGGGACAAGCUUUCUUUAAAGCGGACAUGGAAUCCAAGCUGUCGGCUCGUCCCGACCUGCUAGCCAAGAUCAUCCCAGCCUUCGCCCCUGGCUGCCGGCGCCUCACUCCAGGAAGGGGCUAUCUUGAAGCCCUCCAACAACCCAACGUGACAAUAGUUCACGACCCCAUCUCACACAUUACCUCCUCCGGCAUCGCGCUCGCCACUGCGGAAGAAAAGAAACAGAUAAUCGACGCCGACGUGAUCGUCUUCGCCACCGGCUUCCAAGCCUGCACCUCCCCACCCUUCCCCAUCAUCGGCCGGCGCGGACUUACCCUCGCCUCCCGCUGGUCGCAACACCCCGAUAGCUACCUCGGUCUAGCCGUCGACGGGUUCCCCAACUCUCUGAUGCUGUUCGGCCCAAAUACGACCAUCGGGUUCGGCAGCCUGAACCGGAUCCUGGAGGCGCAGGUAGACUACGUCGUUUCCGUGAUCCGCAAAUUACAGAAGGAGGAUUACGCGUCCAUUGAGCCUAAGCCGGAACGAGUGCGGGACUUUGUGGCCUUUGUGGAUGCCUACUUUAAGGAUACGGUGUACCUGGAUAAGUGCAAGAGUUGGUAUCGGUCGGAAGGCGGGUCGGGAAACAGGAUCGUGGCGCUGUGGCCCGGGUCGACGCAGCAUGCUGUUGAGACGCUGAGGAGCCCGAGGUGGGAGGACUGGGUGUAUGAGGAUGCUGACAAAAGUGGGAAUGGGCUGAGGUGGCUAGGGAAUGGAUGGAGUUUGACGCAGACGAAGGGCGAUCCGAGUUGGUAUUUGAAUCCGGAGGAAAUCGAGUUUCCGUGGGAGGGGAAGCCGGAAGAGAACCCGAAGUAUAAGUCGAAGCCAUGGUCGCAUUGA